GGAGACGAGAGGAGAGGAAAUCUAUGGCGUCUCCUCCUCCUUCGCCCUCCGCAUCACGCGCAGUCGCAGUCGAGAGAUCACCGAGGUUCGGCUUGGAGCCCUCCUCCUCCUCCUCCUCCUCGUCGUCGUCGGCCCCCUCAAGGAAUGAGCUGCUGACUAUGGUGAAAAAACAUUCCCAUUUGAUUGGGUGGACAGUUGUUGAUGCUGAAGAUGAUGCAUCAGACGUGGGAAUGGAUGAUCGAUUCUGGCAUGAAAUGCUUGAUCUUUUCUUCGUGCGUGGUAGGGUUUCAAAGAGGAGGGAAGAGGAUGACCUCGUCUUUUUUGUUAAUAAUAAUAUGAAAAUGCAUGGCCAUGGGUUCAACGAUAACAUGGAAGAUCCACCUCCUUUUUUUGUGAGAAGAUGGGCUCCUAUGCUUGAAAAGAUCAGCAAUAUAAAUUCAGCUGGAGUUGAUUGGGAGCGUUCAUUCUAUUUGAAUUUAAUUGCUCACACAUCAUACACUGUUACAGUUGCAAUAUGCAGUGUCAGGGAUCUUUGCAGCCGUGCAGAGAAAAGCAAACCAUUAUCACCAGUUUAUAAGGUCACAAAAACUGUGUAUGCAUCCCCAAGCCGUGUAAAUUUUCAUCUUGAUCGAAGAAAGGCUGUGGAAACUGUACCUGCAUAUCCCAAUAUUUGUUUCUCAGUUGAUGACUUCGAUGAUACUUUUGAUGCUGUUGUUUUGUCAGACCCCGAACAUUGCUAUUGUGUGAUUCUCAAUGCACAUGAUGGGGCAGCUUUUCCUGAAGACACUGAAUCGAAGAAUGCCAGCUCAAAUCUACUAAACACUGGGAGCAACCAAGAAAAACCACCAAAGAGAACACUCUUCUCAGGCUACGUUAGCUACCAAAAUGUUCGAGAAGCCUACAAUGCUGGCAGAUCACAAUUUGGGAGCUUACUCUCACUCGGGCAUGACCAAACUAAACUUGAUAAACUUUAUAUGAGGGGCCCUGAAGGACGUGGGGAAGUUGAAGUAGCUGUUUCUGGAAUUGCAGAUCAGAGCCAUGAGAGAUCAAAGAAAGAUCCAGGAGAUAGCUUUCGAGUCUUUGUUCAUAGGGCAGCUUCUGCUGCAUCAAAGCUGGCAAAGCAUGCCUACGAGGCUGCAUCUACCAACAAACGAUUUGAUCAUGAGCUUCUGCCUCUGAAAUGUUGCUUGAUGUCGGUAUCUCUUCCUUGGGACUACAUUGCACAUGACCUGCUACACAAGGAAACCCCUCCGCUGGACCUAUGAGAGACUGCGAAUUCCCAUUGUGCACCAGAAAGAAUGAUAUAUGUGCAUGAUUGUGGGAAAGUUUGUGUCCCUUGGGCUCGAUAUAGUGUAAGAAAACAGUGAGCAGAGAAGCAGUGCUGCGAUGUACAUGUGUACUUUAAACAGACUAAAACUUGUAGAAUUUUCAUGUGUGUUUGUACAAUGUUGAAAGUAGGCGAUGAAAUAAUGUAAAUAUAUAUUUUUUUGGUUGUCAUGAGGAAGACUCUUCACUGUUGCUA